AUGCACUCGCUCCGAUCCAGCUUCCUCAGCCCUGUUUGCCCUAGGCACGGACGCGACUUCAACGGCGGCGUCGCCACAGGCCGGUUCUCCAACGGCCGCCUCGUCACGGACUUCAUCUCGGAGGGGUUCGGGCUGCCGUCGUCCGUGCCGGCCUACCUCGACGCCGCCAGCUGCACCAUCGACCAGCUCGCCAUGGGCGUAAGCUUUGCUUCUGGAGGCACCGGACUGGAUGACUUGACCGCAGAUAUUCGGAACGUAAUACCCGUGAGGCAGCAGCUGGAGUACUUCAGGGAGUACAAGGAGAGGCUGACGGUGGCCAAGGGCGUGUCCGAGGCCGACGAGAUCAUCGCCGGCGCGCUCUACUACUUCAGCAUCGGCAACAACGACAUCGGCGUGAACUACUUCCUCCUGCCCCAGAGGCGCGCCCAGUUCAGCCCGCCGGAGUACGCCGCCUUCCUCGUCGGCAUCGCCGGCGCAGCCGUCCGCGAGGUCUACCACCUCGGCGGGCGCAAGAUCCAGCUGACGGGCAUACUGCCGGUGGGGUGCGUGCCUGCCAUGAGGACGGUGAACCUCCACCGGCCGGGCGAGUGCAUGGAGGACUUCAACCAGUUCGCCUUGUUGUUCAACGCCGAGCUGCGCGAGACCGCGAACAAGCUCAACGGCGAGCUUUCUGAAGCGCAUGUGGUCUAUUCAGACAUGUACAGCCUCGUGUCCACCAUUAUUGCUAACCCAUUGAAAUAUGGAUUUGAGAAUGGAGCGCAAGGUUGCUGUGGCACAGGACUUAUCGAGGUGUCGUUCCUAUGCGUCUUGGACGAACCAUUGACGUGUGAAGAUACUGAUAAGUAUGUGUUCUUCGACUCGGUUCAUCCAACGGAGAGGAAGCUAGUGAAAUGCUGAAUACUUCACUAGCAGCAUUCCUGUGACAUGGCUGCUAUGUGCUCUGCAGCGGAGACACGGAGUGGAUAUACAAGAUGGAACCAUUGACAUGCUAUAUGCUAUGGGGACGAUACAGUCAUCAUGGCUUUUAUUGCAAGAAACGUCUUUCCAAUGAGCUACAAUUUCCAUCAAAACCUUGUGCCCUUCUGUCAUCUUUAUAGAGCAUUCUGAUAAUCCCGAGUUAAACUCACGAGAAAUGUAUGCAAAAACACUAUCUCUAUCAGUUUCACACUAGAUAGCCUAUAGUACAUUUCAAA